GGCCCCCGAGGCGGGAAGGGGGUUGUCAUGGAAACGUCUCCCCAGCUGGGCUGUUCCCGACGGUGUCCUCCCCUCCACACACCGCGGGGAGCGGCUGAACCCCCGCGGGGCCGGUCCGGCCGCGGGGAGCGGGAAAGGAGCCCCCGUGGCGCUGGGCCCUGGCUCCCGUCCCUGCGCCCCGGGGCGCUGCUGUCAGGCGCCGGGUCCCCAUCCAGGAGGUGGCAGAUGGCCAGAGCCCCCAGGGCGGUGGGGGCGGCAUUCCCGGAGCUGUCCGCCGGGGCAGCGGGGCUGGGCCGGGAGGCGGUGGCCCCGGAGCAGCGGGACCCGCCCGCCUCCGCAGCGAGAACGGCUUACGGGAGCAGGUGAAGCGGCUCAGCUCCCGGGAGGAUCCGGUCCCUUCCCCUCCAGCCCGCACUGAGGCAUCUCCGCUUGGAGAGGAAACGCUUGGUGUUCAGGUCCAGAAGCAGCCAAAUAUCCUGAUCCUUUCACAUCGUGAGAAACUGGAUGAACCUUCGGGAUGCGGAAACAGGGAAAAUCCUCUGGCAAGGAACAGAAGAUCUGUCUGUACCUGGAGUGGAGCAUGAAGCUCGAGUUCCUAAAAAAAUCCUGAAAUGCAAAGCGGUGUCUCGGGAGUUAAACUUUUCCUCAGCAGAACAGAUGGAAAAAUUCCGACUGGAGCAGAAAGUGUAUUUCAAAGGGCAGUGUCUAGAAGAAUGGUUCUUUGAAUUCGGUUUUGUGAUUCCUAACUCCACAAACACUUGGCAGUCCUUGAUAGAGGCAGCACCUGAAUCACAGAUGAUGCCAGCAAACGUUUUAACUGGUAAUGUUAUUAUAGAAACCAAAUUCUAUGAUGACGACCUUCUCGUAAGCACUUCCAGAGUGAGACUUUUCUACGUUUGAGAUGGGGCUUUUUGGAGCUGUUUUAGUUUUCCUCCAUACAGUUCUUGGUGCAGAACCCCCCGACUAUCCAGUGGAAGACACUCCCAUAGGCGGUGACCCCGGGGACCAGCUCAGCGUCAGUCGUGACCUUUGCCCAUCAGUUAUUUUGCUUUCUCCUCUGACAAGACCAGACCAAACCCUUAGAGACAGAACCACCUGCUCAGCAACGCCCUGGGGAACAGCGGCUGUCUCUGAACACGGGCAAACGAUGGUCAUGCAGAACCAAUACUGUAAACUAUGUUAGUCUCAUCCUUUGUACUUCUCUGGAUCCUGGUAUAAUCUUCCAUUUCACACCAAACUCUCGAUGCGUUUUGUUUGUGGGAGAUUAAGUUAAAUUAAGUUAACGUUCUCGCUUUUCUCAUGUUGUAGGUUUUUACGCUUUCACUGGUUUUUCUGUGUAACUGGUCCACACAUCCUCUUACCCUGAACUUGUAAAAUAGACUGUGAUAUCACCUAAUGUAAUUAAAACAAGUUUCUCAAUUAAAACAUUCCUACCGUCCAAAGAAGGGAAGAAA